GGAAUCCCCUCGGAGGAAAUGUAGGCACAGACUCUCGCUGGGCUUCGCCGCUCGCCCGCUUUCGCGUCCAGCUCAAGUUGUUCAAGACAACAACAACAACAAGAACAACAACAACAAGAAGAAGUGUUCAGGAUGAAGGUCUCCAGCAUUGACUGCCGGCGCCUGAAGAAGCUCAUCAGGAAGGAGUGCGGGAGCUGCCUGAUCGUGGACUGUCGACCCUAUUUUUCGUUCACCACCUCCAGCAUCAAAGGCUCCGUCAACGUCAACCUCAACUCUCUGGUGGUGCGGAGGUCCCGCGGAGGGCCCGUGCCCCUGCAGUUCGUCAUCCCGGACGAGAGGGCCCUGUUUCGGCUCCGGGAGGGGAGCAUAUCGGCGAUCGUGGCUCUCGACGACCGGACGUCCCACUGGCAGAAGCUGAAGAAGGACAGCGUAGCACAGAUAGUAAUAAACACCCUGUCGCAUCUGGCGAGCGGGGCCAGCAUCUGCUUCUUGAAAGGAGGAUACGAAAACUUCUACUCUCAAUACCCUGAACUUUGCACUGAGGUGAAAACCAUUGACCAGAGCGGAACUGAAACCGAGAAAAGAGUCAGCAGCCACAGCGAGAAGCUUUCUCACCGCAAACCAGUUUAUGAUCAGGGUAAACCCGUAGAGAUCCUGCCUUUCCUCUACCUCGGCAGUGCCUACCACGCUUCUAGACAGGACUAUCUCAGCGACCUUCACAUCACAGCCUUGCUCAACGUGUCGCGUCGGGACCUGCAUCCGACCAGGGGCCACUACGACUACAAGUGGAUCCCGGUGGAGGAUAGCCCCAUGGCCGACAUUAGCUCACACUUUCAGGAGGCAAUAGAAUUCAUUGACCAAGUGAAGCAUUCAGGAGGGAAGGUACUGGUACACUGCGAAGCAGGCAUUUCGCGCUCGCCCACCAUCUGCAUGGCGUACAUCAUGAGGACCCAGAAACUGAGGCUCAAUGAAGCCUUCGAGGUCAUCAAGCAGCGGCGCUCUGUCGUUUCGCCCAACUUCAGCUUCAUGGGCCAGCUGUUGCAGUUCGAGUCUGAGGUCUUGUCCAACGCCCCGGCCAUGGCUGCCGCGCCCGAACCGGCCACUCCGUGCGUCACAGAGUCGGCCUCGUUUUUUGCCAAUGACUUCUCCGCCACUUUCAGCACCAAAAACUUUGAGCCAUCCAUGUUCACCCUCCCUACCUCUUGCCUGCAGUCCCCAGUACACCACCCGUUGAAACUGAGCCCAAUAACUGCACUGCCUUAAAGAAAAAAACAGAACUACGAUUGCUUGGUAGUAUUACUUGAAAUUUUGAGAAUCAAUGCUUUCUGCGUGCCUGAUGUUGAUACCAGCAGAGCGGGUGGACGCAGCGGAAAUCAGCAAGAGACCCAGCGAAGAGUUCACAAUAAUAAAGAACUGUUCAGUGGGAAGGUUUUUUUCCGUCUUUUGAGCUGCGAUGAUGAAACAACACAGCACAGUGAUUAACUGCAAUAUACAUGCCUUAGGUUAAUAUUGUGAUUCACUUGCCUAUUCACAAUUACGGUUAGGCAUUUAAAUCUAAGUUAUUUAUAAACAAUGGUCUGUUUUUUUUUUUCAAUAAUGUAGGAAAUGAAAUGUGUUUAAUAAAUGUUUUCACCACUGAA